AUGCAGCUGCACGAAGUCAGGGACGAGGUCCCCGACGGCUUCGUGCACUCCGGCGCCGCACCUCAGGACACGGUCCUGAAUCUCCGUCUCGCGCUCGUCCAGAGCGACACGGCAGGUCUCCAGAAGGCCCUCAUGGACGUCAGUACGCCCUCCAGCGCGCUAUACGGCCAGCACCUCACCAAGGAGGAGGUCGAGGAGUUCGUGGCGCCGUCCGCGGACAGCGUUGCUGCAGUCAACGCGUGGUUUGCUGAGAACGGCAUCACCGCCAAGACCGUCUCCCCCGCCGGAGACUGGCUCAGCUUCUCCAUCCCGGUCAGCCAGGCCAAUGACCUCCUCGACGCCGACUUCUCCGUCUUCACCCACCAGGAGACCGGGCAGACGUCUAUCCGGACCCUCGCCUACUCCAUCCCGGCUGACCUCAAGGCGCACGUCGAUCUCGUCCACCCUACCAUCACGUUCCCGAACCCGUUCGCGCGUCUUCCGGCGAUGGUCGCUCCGCCGAAGGCGAAGCCCGCCGUGAACGUCACCUCUGACGCUGUUCCGGCGUCCUGCUCGUCGACCAUCACGCCCGCGUGCCUGCAGGCGCUCUACGGUAUCCCGACUACGCCCGCCACAGUUUCCUCGAACAAGCUGGCCGUCAGUGGUUUCAUUGAGCAGUUCGCUAACCAGGCCGACCUAAGGACCUUCUUGACGACUCUUCGCCCCGACAUUCCUGCCACGACCACCUUCGCUCUUCAGACACUUGAUGGUGGAUCGAACCCCCAGGCCGCGAACGAGGCUGGUGUUGAGGCGAACCUCGACAUCCAGUACACCGUUGGUGUUGCCACUGGUGUCCCCAACACGUUCAUCUCCGUCGGCGAGCGGUUCCAGGACGGCGCCCUCGAGGGCUUCUUGGACAUCAUCAACUUCCUUCUGGGCGAGAGCGCACCCCCGCAGGUCUUGACCACCAGCUACGGACAGAACGAGAACACCAUCUCCAGGGCGCUCGCAAACAACCUGUGCAAUGCUUACGCACAGCUCGGUGCUCGUGGUACCUCCAUCCUCUUCGCGUCUGGCGAUGGUGGCGUUGCUGGUUCUCAGACCACUCGCUGCACCACUUUCCUGCCCACGUUCCCCUCCGGCUGCCCCUUCAUGACCUCGGUCGGUGCCACCACCGGCGUCCCCGAGACCUCCGCCAGCUUCUCCUCCGGCGGGUUCUCGAACUUCUUCGCGCAGCCGAGCUACCAGGCGGGCGCCGUCUCCACCUUCCUCACCGCGCUCGGCAACACGAACGCGGGCAAGUUCAACCGCAGCGGGCGCGCGUUCCCGGACAUCGCCGCGCAGGGCGACGACGUCGAGAUCUUCGUCGGCGGCGAGUCCGGGCUCGUCGCGGGCACGAGCUGCUCGAGCCCGAUCUUCGCGAGCGUGAUCUCGCUGCUCAACGACGAGCUCGCGGCCGCGGGCAAGCCGCCGCUCGGGUUCUUGAACCCGUUCCUGUACUCGACGGGCGCGGCGGCGCUGAACGACAUCACGACUGGGAGCAACCCCGGUUGCAACACGCAGGGCUUCCCGGCGCGCGCUGGAUGGGACCCGGUCACUGGUCUCGGAACGCCCAACUUCGCGAAGCUCAGGACCGCUGUCGGCUUGUGA